CGUGUAGAGCUACGUACCAGAACCUGUUGAAAUCGAUAGGCAUAAAUACAUAUAUUAAUUUAGUACAUCGAACCAGUAGAAUGGAACACUAAACAUAAAGUACGAAAAUACUAGUAUUUUCAGAAGAUUCUGUAUCAACAGGGCGAACACGAACGUAUGGCACAGAAAGAWAUUAUAAAACAGGAUUCCCCACAUCGUUUUUUAUUCCGUUGCCCGCAAACCGGUCAUCUUCCAGAAAAAAAUUGAUAAAAGGAAUUGUAUUGCCAACCAACACCAGCAUGGAAAAGAAGGGCGAUCCCAUCGGAAUUCCCGACGACGAAAAGAAGGUCGUGGAAAAAGAAAGAGAUACGGCGGCAGAUCUAGACAAAGAAAAAGAAGACACAGAAUCUGUGUCGAGUACGAAACCCGUAAACGAGCCGGUAAUUGAAGAUAAAACACACAAAUCCAUUCAAUCAACGAACUCCGGAAAUGCGACAAACCAACCCGGGGCGUUUGCCGUCAACAAUCCACUCUUUCGCUCCGACAACGAACGAUCGUCUACCGAUUCAACGCCAUCGGUCUUGCCACUGGCUUCGGCAGUAGCAAGCGAUCAAGCAGUUGUUACUCCGGUUGCGGUUCGGACCGAGCGGAUCUUUGUAGCAACGGCCGUUGAUUUCGACGAGGAGGAGCAACAGGAGAAGCAACGAACAAAGUCUUCGGCGUGGGGAACGUGGUGGAAGUAUUGUGUUGCCGCGAUUGUUUUGUUGCUGAUCACCGGGAUCAUUAUUGGCGUAGUAGCAUUUCAGCGAAACAAUAAAAGCGAGCAAAGCGAACGACAGGAGGAGGCACCGAAAUCGGAUCAUGAAGUUGUCGCCUUCCGCCGGAACUCCAUCCUCGAGAUCGUUUCCCCGCUGAGCGGAGCAGAGGCCUUCGACCCAGCCGGUCCCGGGGCCUCGGCCGAUCGGAUCGCCGCCCUGGAAUGGCUCGUCGAAACCGAUCCGGCUCGGAUCCCGGUUCCGGGUGCCAACGAAACGGAUCGGGUGUACGACCUCCGGCAGCGCUAUGUUUUGGCCCUCCUCUAUUUUGCCCUGACCGGAGACGGCUGGAACGACAGGUUUAAUUUUCUUUCGGGAAGCGAUGCCUGCGAUUGGAACACGAUUCGACGACAAGAAGAAGAAGGCGUGUUUCGUGAAAGCGACACGGAUGUGAGGGGUGUUGUUUGCAACGCCGAUGGCAAGGUGUCCAUUAUCAAAUCGUGUAAGUCGGAAGAACUUUUUUAACAUCACUUGUGGGAACAGUGAAGAUGGUUCGCUCCUUCCCCAACGAACACGAUGAUCUCGUCCUGCAGUUGCGCUUUGGAUGGAGGAGGUGAUUUUCAAACCAACUACAGCUUCCUCACAGUUUAUCGGAAUCGAUUCGAUCUUGUCAUUCUCGCGCAUAACCUCUUGCAGAUUGGAACAGGAUGUCUGGAACGAUUCCUCACGAAUUAUCCUUCUUUUCCGACUCGCUGGAAGAGCUUAAUCUUGGUGGAGGUUCUAUAUCCGGAUCCAUCCCCACCAGCUUUAGCCAGCUGCUAAAAUUAGAUUCUCUCUGGUUGAACGACAACUGCCUGACAGGCUCACUGCCGGACACUACACGGCUCCUCUCGUUGUAUGUCGUCAACAACAACGAUCGCUUGGUCGGAUCCCUCAACCAGUACUGCAACGCCACCUCCGGUUCGAGAAAGGACGGGGUCGGGGCUACGCUGGCAGACUGCGAUGCCGAUCCUGCGGCGCCCGGCGGCGGUUCCAUCGAGUGCGACUGCUGUUUUUGCUGCGACCCCGGAACCUACACGUGCACGGACCUCGUGGCCGGCGCCUCGUGGCCCUCCUACUUCCUGAACGACUUUUCCCCGGGCGGCGGACUCGAGAUUUUGGCCAAGCCGUGCGUGACGGAGGCCCAGACCGACUUUUUCCGUUCCGAGUGCCCCUGCGUCGUCAACGUCAGCACCGAUCUGGUGCAAGAGCCCUUCCAGGGCCAGUGCACCAAGAACUGCACCGAGCCUGGUGCCGUUCCGAGCGUCGACUUGGACCGCUUUCGUUGAGAGCAAACGCCGGUCACCCCUGCCGAGCUCCCGUUGUUGGUUUGAUUUUGGGCAUUUGUAUCCUUUCUAGGAGUAGCACGAGAAGAAGUACAAGAGYCAUCAUUUUGCCAACCUCUCAUGGACUAGAACAACUAUAUCAGAAGAACAGAAAAAUGCUUAGUACAAAAAGAUCUCUGACCCGUAUUUCUAGUCCUAUAUGUAAUAGUU